GCGUGGGUUUCCUCUACGGACGAGCGGAGCACGGCCAGGACACGCAGCCGGGAUUGGCGACAGCGGGGAGGAAAAGGCCGGGCUGGAGGCAAAUCCCAUUUCAGAGCCCCCUGAACACCAGGCUGGGAACUGAACAUCCCGAUCGGAGCGAGCUGCGGUGGAUAGAGGAUCAGAAUAGAAGAUUGUUUUUCCACAUGGGGCUGAGCAGCCGGGGUUUGGCUUCUGAUGUCCAUCCAAAACACGUGGGAGGGGAAGGAAUGCUCUGUUUUCAGUCAGCAAUGGAAUCACUGGUUUAAUUUUAGCCUCUCCGGAGCAAAGCUUGAAGAAAGGAGUUCUCAGAGCAAAGCACCCUAUGGAGGCUGGAAGGGGAAGAGGAGCUGGAGUCUCCAUGUGGCCCCCAGGAAUAGUGGUGUGCCCCCAAACUGGUGCUGCUGAGCACCCAAAAUUCAUGGUUCUUCUAAAAAACCUGCAUGUGACUCAUCUGUGCAAGUCAGGAGAAGUGUUGGGACAUCGUGGAGCUGUCGGGAGGACAAGGAGAAGCCAUGGAUGUGCCAAGCUCCAUCAAAAGGUGCCCCACCAAUACACAGGGAGCUUCAGUGGGUGAAAUGUCAGGAAAAAUUGGUCCCAAGAGGAAUCAAGCAAGUUGAAUUUGCUCUGUGACUUUUGGAUGUGAAUCCACCUCUGUUUUGCUGAGUGGUGCUGCCCACAGAACUCCAGAGAUCCAGCUGGGAGAUGAACCAGGUAAAAAAAAAAAAAAAACCCAGAAAGGUCUCAAAAAUUCACAUCCUUCUUCCUGAACAUCCUUCCCUCUCACCCAGGGAUUGCAAAGGAGCAUCUGAUGCCACUUUCCCCUCAGCUUUUCCAGCAAAAGCCACGGCUCAGAUUGUCAGAAAGUUUGCUUCCCCUCUCUUUGGUGCUGUUGUGAAAUUUCCUGAAACCAAAAGGAUUUGCAAAUGUUUUUUGACAGGAGCACUGGAGCAGCAGGUCCUGCAAGGUGGGAAUUUUGCAAUGGCAGCUGGUGGUGUAACUGCAUUAAAUUGGGAUAAAAUCAGAUUUCUGGAUGGCUACAUGCUCCUGGAAGAGCUCUGCUGGACAAUGCUGACCACCCAAACCAUAUUCCCAAUCCAAAUAUUUACAAUUGGCGGUGUAUGGAUUUUUUUCCCAACCUUUCCAAGCAGGGAAAAGUCCAAGGCCCAAGCACUUGGGGAGCAAAGUCCUCUCCCCUUCACAGCUGAAGUUGGAUCAAUAGAGAUGUUUUCACAUGAACAAAUAUUUUUGGGAAUUCUGCCACUGUUUCCUGGUGGAUUGAUUCUAUCCCUCAGAAUUAGCAAGGGAAAAGCCAUGUUUCCAUUGCCAGGAUAUGGUGGAGACACAUCAGAGUCAUGGAAUGGUUUGGGUUGGAAGGGACCUUCAAAUUCAUCCAGUUCCACCCCUUGCCAUGGGCAGGGACAUCUUCCACUGUCCCAGGUUGCUCCAAGCCUCAUCCAACUUGGCCUUGGACAUUUCCAGGGAUCCAGGAGCAGCCACACUACUCUGGGAAUUCCAUCCCAGCCCCUCACCACCCUCACAGGGAAUAAUUCCUUCCCAGUAUCCCAUCUACCCCUGCCCUCUGGCAGUAGGAAGCCAUUCCCUGUGUCCUGUGACUCCAGGCCCUGUCCCAAGUCCCUCUCCAGCUCUCCUGGAGCCCCUUCAGGCACUGGAAAGGGCUCUGAGGUCUCCCUGGAGCCUUCUCUUCUCCAGGCUGGACAUUCCCAGCUCUCCCAGCCUGGCUCCAGAGCAGAGGGGCUCCAUCCUUUGGCGUCCUACAGAUCUGCUCCAGCAGCUCCAGGUUCUUCUGCUGUUGGAGACCCUGGAGCUGCAUCCUGUGAGUCCCUGUGGUCACCUCCUCACUCAGUAAAGGAAACUCAUUUUGCUGUGGGAUGUCACAGCCCCCAUGAUCCCAUUCCUACAGAGCAGAGGAUUUAGGACAGUUUUGGAUGAAUUGAUUCGUAGCUGAGGUUUUUGAUCCAGUGUUGGUCCUUCUGCCUCCAUGGAAUUGCCAAAUGAGCCAUCCCGAAUUCAGUGCGUGAACAUAGAGAAGAAAGGAUUUGCUCUCUGUCCCCACUUGACAUACCUUGGAAAAGAAUUCCUGCUGGGAAUGACAUGGAAUCACAGAGAUCAUCCCUCUGGUUUCUCCCUUUCCCAAACAGGUGGAUUCAGGUCUGUCUGCAGCUCCUGCCCUGGCAGUGCCACCAGAGGCAAGAAACAUCCCCAAAAACCAGACACCACAACAAAAAAACAGCACCCACUCGAUAAAUGACAGCAGCUUUUCCUUUGGGAUCCUGCAGCCAUUUCUUACCCCAUUCCUGACAUUCUUCUCUCUGUUUUCCAUCUAACCCAGGAGACGUCUCCUUCCCUUGAGCCCCGCUCUGGAGUCUUGCUGUUAUCAGCAAAAAACUGUGAGUCGAGAGUUUGUUUUCCCUUGGGAAGCAAUUUUUUUUUUCCCUCAUUGGAGUUAAAAUAGGAAAACCAUUUUGUAGAAGAAGCAAAUUUCUUCAAUGAUAAAUAAUUGCUGAGCUCCUCUUGGAGCUGGGGCUGUGUCCAUGGAUUUCUGUAGGAAUGGGAGGAAGGGUUUUUUGUAGGGCCUGGCUGGACAGGAUGAGGGGUGAUGGAAUUAAACACAAAGGGAAGAGGUUUAGGCUGGAGAUAAAGAAGAAAUUGUUCACUGUGAGGAUGGUGAGAGGUUGGAUCAGGCUGCUCAGGGAAGUUGUGGAUGCCCCAUCCCUGGAAAAAGAAAGGGGAGAAGGAGAAAGGGGAGAAGGAGAAGGAGAAGGAGACAAAGAAAAGGAGAAGGAGGGUGGGGAGGAAGAGGAGGAGAGAAAAAUGGGAAGGAGAAAUAAAAAUAAGGAGAAGGACAGGAGGAAGAGAAGGAGGAGAAGGAAGAGGACAAGGAGGAAAGAAAAAGGAAAAGGAAAAGGAAAAGGAACAGGAAAAGGAAAAGGAAAAGGAAAAGGAAAAGGAAA